CGCCACUUCUAUGGCUAACAACAGCCCACCUCUCUCUGGUUGCUGUCUCUUAGCUUGCUGUCCUACCACGCUAUGUGCGUCGUACUACACCGAUUCUGUAGUUGCUAAAGAAGAACAGAGAGCCGGAGAUGGGUCUUCUCGGAUGGCUUUGGCGAGCAGGUCCUUCUGGCUUUGGCUCAUCUUCGACCGCCGAGCAGGUCACAGAAGGAAUUGAUGCAAGUCAACUUACCGCGAUCGUCACAGGAGCAACAAAUGGCAUCGGAAAAGAGACAGCAAGAGUACUAGCGCUCAGAGGUGCCAAAGUCAUUAUACCAUCACGAACUCUGGAUAGUGGGUUGAAGGUGAAACAAAGCCUCCUUGAACAGAAUCCGAGUGCAGAACUUCAUGUUAUGGAGAUGGAUCUCAGCUCCCUCGACUCUGUUGGCUCGUUUGCUCGAUCUUUCAAUUCAUCGCACAAGCAUUUGAACAUACUUAUCAAUAAUGCAGGAAUCAUGGCUUGCCCUUUCCAGCUUUCUAGAGAUGGAAUUGAGUUGCAGUUUGCCACAAAUCACCUAGGACACUUUCUGCUCACUAAUCUCCUGCUGGACAAGAUGAAAGCCACAGCCAAAAAAAUGGGAGUGCAGGGAAGAAUAAUCAAUGUUUCAUCAAAUGCUCACCGAACAAGUGAUGGAUCUUGCUUCAACCUUGAUAAGAUAAAUGACCAAUCAAAGUACAAACCUUUCAUCGCAUAUGCUCACUCAAAACUAGCUAACAUACUUCAUGCAAAUGAGCUGUCUAAGCAUCUACAGGAAGAGGGAUCCAAUGUGACAGUAAACUCUCUGCACCCAGGAGUAAUAUUUACGAACCUCGUUCGUCAUAUAGAGAUGAACCCUACCUUGAUGAAAUCACUUGCCGCUCUUGCAAAACCAAUUUUAAAGAGCAUACCCGAGGGAGCAGCAACUACUUGCUAUCUAGCAUUACAUCCGCAAGUAAAAGAUGUUACCGGGAAAUAUUUUGCGGACUGCAAUGAGGCAAUGCCUUCAGGAAAAGCAAGAGAUGAAAUCAUAGGCAAAACGCUGUGGGAGUUCAGUGAAGAACUUGUUAAAAGAAGAAGCAGGCCUGUGUGACAUCGUAUGGUCUCUUUCCUCGUGUAUCAAUAAUUCACGGUUCCCUCUACCUUACAGUGUCCCACAUUAUCAUGACACUUCUGACCUCGAACUUAUUCUGUAUGAAGACUGUGCUUUAUAAAGCAGUAUGUUACGGCAA